CGAGCCUUAAAGCAGCCGGGCAGCUAAGAAUCUGACCUAGGUACUACAUAGUAGGUAUGGUAUGUAGCUCUGCCCUGGACCUAAAAUAGGCACAGCUUCCUCUUUCUGUCCAAUCCUUUUCCCCAAUUCCAAACUAUCAAGAGUUCUUUCCCCAUCUUACACACGAAAACAUGCCCUCAGAUAGGAUCAAGCACCCAACCCCAGCUGAAGCUUUCGAGCUUGCCGCUAACCACGCCGCUCUACUACGGGGUCUCUUCCUCGACCCUCGGUACAAGUACGCCCAGGACCCCACGCCAACUUUCAUAAAACCAAAUCUCGACGAGACCCCUUCCGGGCUCUACUUCGUCGCCGACUUCGUCCAGCAGACCUACAUCGAAUACGUCGUCCCCUUCCUGCCGGCCGGCGCCACGCGGAAGUGCAAGGCCAUCGCGAACCCGUGGGCGUGGAACGACCCCAACUACGAGUGGGAAUGGGAGUGGGACGAUCAGACCUCCACGCUGAAGGACAAGGACGGCAACGCGAUCGAGUUCCCCAAGCUAUCCGAGAGAGACGCCGUAAAAAAGAUCGGCGACGUCGUGACCAGAGGCUUCCUGGCUCGAAAGAUCAUCCUCGAGAACAGCACCGAUAUCAAGGCUCGGCUGAUGGUCGGCGGCCAGCCCUUUGAUUUCGGAAAAGAGGCCGAAGAGGCUGUGAAGAAAACGUAUGCUUAAACCCGUAAAAUGCUACUUUCUUUGGUGGCCAGUUGUUCGGGAUAGCUGCCGGUAGGAUUUAUCCCACCGUCUCUAUCGGGACUGGAGGUUAACGCGUCUCUGCAUGAGCUACGUGCACGGGAGAAACUUGUAUAGCCUAUUCACUUUGACAUGUAGGCAACAUGUAUCGACUUGGAUUUACCAAUAUUUACUUUAAGUACCUCUUAACCGCAGGUAGGCACGCACCUCUCAAAACAGGUAUUCGUGAGUU